AGGCUUUGUGGGGGAGAAGGGCAGAGGGGACACCUGAGGGCAGCCUGUGGCCGGCCCCUCCCAGGCCGCAGGGGAAACGAGUUUAACAGGACUUAGCCCUCAAGGAACCACAGAUGGAGGAGCAGGGCAAGUACAUUGCCUCAACACAGCGACCUGACGGAACCUGGCGCAAGCAGCGGAGGGUCAAAGAAGGCUAUGUGCCCCAGGAGGAGGUCCCAGUGUAUGAAAACAAGUAUGUGAAGUUUUUCAAGAGUAAACCAGAACUUCCCCCAGGGUUGAGCCCUGAGGCUACCACUCCUGUCACCCCAUCCAGACCAGAAGGUGGUGAGCCAGGCCUCUCCAAGACAGCCAAACGCAACCUGAAGAGAAAAGAGAAGAGGCGACAGCAGCAGGAGAAAGGAGAGGUGGAGGCCCUGAGCCGGACUCUUGAUAAGGUGGCUCUGGGCGAGACAGCCCCGUGCCCAGGUGCUCUCCAAGUCCCGCAGGCAGCCCCAACAGCUGCCUCUGAGCCACCUGACUCAGCAGAGAAAGCCAAGAAGAUAAAGAACCUCAAGAAGAAACUGCGGCAGGUGGCAGAGCUGCAGCAGCGGAUCCAGGCUGGGGAAGUGAGCCAGCCCAGCAGAGAGCAGCUGGAGAAACUGGCCAGGAGAAGGGCCCUGGAGGAGGAGCUCGAGGACUUGGAGCUGGGCCUGUGAGGCCUUUGGCAUAGGGAACGGACUGCAGAAAAACCAUGGGGUGCUCUGGGGUCCGGGAGAGUGUGGUAGCCGCAGUCAGGUGGGGUAUCCCCAUACUGGCUCACUUCCACCUCUUGGGGCCCAACUGUCCUCCAGAGCCUAGUCUUCUCCUUCAUUCCUUCCUUCUCUUUCUUCCCCGGUUCCUAUUUUGCGGACUUUUUACCUCCAUUUCCCAGUGUCCACAACCUCUGUGACUACCCUAGGUACCUUGCUGCUGACUUGGGUGUGGUGUUUAACAGAAAACUGGGUGGGUGGGAAUCUCUGAGAGCUGAGGUUGAGGACAUGGGGGGUGCACCCACGCCUUGGAGUCUUGGUUCCUGUUCAGUGUUUAUGAGUUAUUUCCCUGUUACCCUGAACCUCUUCCUUUUUUUUUUUUUUUCUUUUUUAAACAAGAAUAAAUUCAAGUAGACGACA